AUCAGAACGCCUUGAGCUGUUGCCAAUUCAAAAUGGCCGCCUUAACUUAAUGCUACCCGCUGUAAGGGUGGGUAGAAAUCCAAUAAGUCCAACUAAGACGAGUUGAUUUCAGAACAGUCAGCGCAAUCAGAAUUUAAUCCAAUUCGGGCUUCCAAGCAGAACAGUAGAGACCAAAGGUCAAUAGUCGAUACAGAAUCGGACGCACUACUCUAUAUACAAUAUAUAUACAUGCAGCAUCCGAGCGACCAGCCCACCUAUAUGCCAGAGGUGCCGUUUCAGCCACUGUGGGCCCAGGAGGCCCCACCGCCACCACCCAUAGUUCCCUAUCAGGACCUCAUAGCAGGUUUUCCUUGCUCCGAUCUGUCACUUUGGCAAAGGUCUCAAGUCACCCCGCUCGUCAAUCAACGUCCGAGCACCAAUGGCCGCUCCCACGGCUCCUCCUCCUCCAGUUCGAAGAAAACGCGACGCCGUGUUGCUUCCAUGGCCCAGAGACGAGCUGCAAAUAUACGCGAACGCCGUCGCAUGUUCAACCUGAACGAAGCUUUUGACAAGUUGCGACGGAAGGUGCCUACCUUUGCCUAUGAGAAACGGCUAUCUCGCAUCGAGACCCUGCGCCUGGCCAUCACAUACAUUGGCUUUAUGGCAGAGCUGUUGAGCGGCACGCCCUCCAAUGGCCACAAGACCCGCUCGGACAUGUACGGCGGCAUGAAUGGACAUCAUCAUGCAGCUACUGUGCCACCAGGACCUCCAAUGCACCCCCAUCAUAUGCAUCCGGCACCCUAUCAGCGUGACUUUGCCUCGCCUUACAAUCACAGCUUGACAUAGGAUUAAAUCUAAAAACUACUACAUUAUUUUUCCGUGUUCUUUGUUGCCAUGCCCUGUGUUUAGACUUAAGAUGAAAUAUAUAAAUGUGAUAGAUGUGUAAAUUGUGGAUUGUGUUUGCGAAUAAGUCCCUCAUCUAUAGUGAUAAAAGCUUUGAUACUAGUGAAAAAACUAAUUUAACAUUGAAGAAAAAAAAGAUUUAUAGAUGUCAUAAAGGUAUGUUCUCUUUAUAAGUUGCA